AUGGGGAAGCCGAAGCCCAACAAGCCCAAACCACCGCCGAGUGGGCGGACCAACUGCGCAUCAUGCAUCGUCGCAACCGUUUUCCUGAUCUUCGUCAUCAUAGUCAUCCUCAUUGUCUACUUCACCCUCCUCUACGCCGGGAGUCAGGUGGGUUUCAUGUACAUCCCGGCCGGAAAAGUUAACGCCGGCGGGAGCCAGUACAUGGCGGCGAGUUUCGCGGUUCAGUCUUUCCCGCUUUUCACGAACCAGCCGAUGACUUAUGGAGAUCGAGUCCAAGUUGGAAAUGGCGGGUCGGGUUCGGAUCUUGCAUAUCUUUACCCACCAUCUUUAUGCUAG